AUGGGGAUCGUAGGAUUCAACUGGGCAGAGGAAGGCAACAACCAACUGGUGUUGCUGAUGAACAGAGACAACUGGGGAAACAGGGUCAUAAAUGAGGCGUCGUGGAAUGGCCAGAUUUUGAGUGGUCGGAGUGCAGAUAACAACGGAACGUGGUUGGCUAUAUCUCGAGGAGGCCGUGUUGCUUUUCUCAUGAGUAAAGCGUUGUUGCUAGACCACGUUGUUCCAGACAGCGGCUGCGAGUUGUAUCCCCAUGAAUUCUUGGAGGGCAAUAUGAGUCCACAGGACUUUGCCGUGCAAGUAGCACAGCGUGACGUGGAUAAACAAACUGGGUUGUCCUAUAGCCUUAUACUCGCGGACAUGAAUUCCAAUUCAAUGGUUCAUAUGAGGAAGCCUGAUCAAGAUGAGCAUCAGGCUCAUAACAUGAUGAUAGAACACGUUCCGUUUGGUCUGCACACAGUUUCUCCUGACGGUGGUCUCGACUCCGCAAACUCUGUCAGGGCUUUACGCAUGAGAGACCAUUUUAAUCAUAUUAUUGGUGUGUUAGGAAAUGAUCAACUACCAGAUGUUAAGGAGAUUGCUAGGAGAGCAAUUACCCCCGGGGUGUUUUUCGCAAAUACGAUUGAGCAUCCUAACCCUGAACUUGGAAUGCAACGUUUUGGAACAACUAGUACGACAGCAUUAGCGGUUACACGCACUAGGGACGUGAUGUUCUAUGAGAGAUACAGGGACAUUAAUGGUGAAUGGACUUGGAUCAAGCACGACUUCGAUCUCAACAUCUAG